AUGGAAUGUUUGGUUGAAAGCCUCUCAAGAUUAGGGUUCAAGAAACUCAGCGUUGAAGACCUUCAGAUGUUGUCAUGGAAAGAAAUCGAAGAUGAGAUUGAAAGAUGGAUCAAAGCUUCCAACUUGGCUUUGAAGAUAUUGUUACCCGCUGAAUGCAAACCCUGUGAUUGCGUUUUCUUUGGGUUCUUCUCCACUGCUGAUUUAUCGUUUACGGAUGUUUGUAGGGAAUCCACACUUCAGCUGCUCAAUUUCAGGGAUGCUAUUGCUAUUGAAAGCCAAUCGCCUGAACGGCUGCCUAGAGUCCUCAACAUGUUUGAAACAAUGCGUGAUCACCUAAUUCCAGAGAUUGAGUCUAUGUUCCGUGAUCAAUCCAGUGGGUUGCUGCGAAGCAAAGCAACCACAGUUUGGAAGAUAUUGGGGGAAGCGAUCAGAGUGAAUCUCGAAGGUGAACUUCACCCGAUCACCAGUUACAUGAUAAAUUAUCUCUGUGCUGCUAGUCGGUCACGGAAGACCCUGGAGCAAGUGUUUGAAGGAGAUUAUGGGGAUCCAUUGAAGGAAUAUCCUGAAAUUGAGGAUAGAGUUCAUUCCUAUUCCAAUCUCUCAGGGCAGAUGGGUUUGAUUAUUUGGCUAUUAGAGAGCAAGUUGAUAGCCGAAUCCAAACUCCAUAACAGGCUGACUGAUUUGUCUCUACGAUUCUUGAUCAGAAACGUUGAAUACAUUGUUCAAAAGGCUAAAGAGUGUGAAUUAGGAACUAUUUUAGGAGAUGAUUGGUUCAAAAAUCAGGCUACCCAAUUUAACCAAGAAAUAAAACAGAAAGAAGAGGAACUUCUAUCAAAAAAGAAAACACAAAAAGAAGAGGAAAUUAUACGAAUCUUGGGGCCAAAUCAGAGUUUUGGUCGUGGGAGUAGUGAUCUGAUGGGUAGGCCACCACUAAUUAGCAAUGUGAUGAGCCGAAGACAAGAGCGAUCAGACAAUGCUGAUUAG